AUGUUCAAAACAGACAUUUCAUCAUUCGAUUAUCAGCGACGUCGCACAGAGAUUCUUACAACUCGCUUAUAUCUUAUUUUACUUGCAUUUUUCAUUAAUAUUCUCAUUGUUUACAAUGCAAUUGGCAUUCGAUCAAAACAGAUCAUCAUAUCUAAUCCGUCGCAAGUCGUAUUUGAUUUUCUUCAAUCUAAUUCAAAUUAUUCAGCAACACUUCAAUGUCCUUGUCGCAACGUUACUAUGCCGUACAAUUUAUUUGUUUCGAUCUCUCCUUGUUUUCAUCAAAUUUGUUCAAGUGAUUUUGUUAUCAAGAACUCUGAUUGGAUGAAUCUAGUUUACAAUAAAUGGGCUACUCUAACAUAUUCUUAUGAUGAUUUUCGUCUCUUUGUUGUUCCACAAUUUCAAUGGCUAUCAUUAUUCUGUACGCUGGCAAAUACAACACUUACAGAUGCGAUUAAUGAGUUCCUUUUAGAUGCAUUUAUUAGUGUCCGAGUAGAGUCUCGUAAGACUAUCGAAAUGCAAGUCAAUAAUUCUCUUACUCAAUUUUGUUUGUCGACACCUCGUACAUUUGUACGCAUGCUUGAUUUCAUUCGAAAUGUCUCGCAAGGCAAUUGGAUUGUCUCGUCUAUUCGAUCGAAUUGGUACUUCAUGGUGUCAACACCAGCUGAUAGUGAGAUGACGUGGAACUCAUUGUGGGCGAAACCUCGUUUCUACAACAACGGUAGCUGUUCAUGUGGUACAAGUUCUAUGUGUAGUUCCCCAGCUGCUAUCGAUGGAAGACUUGUACCUGGUUUUCGUGUCGGUUGUUUUCCUCUCGAAGCUCUUCUUCAAUCAACACUUGAGUGUUUGUAUGAUAUUACCUGUAUCAAUAUGCUUCAGUCCAUGUAUACUUCAUCGAAUUUGAUCUACCAUCCACUCAAUUCAACUAUUUCAGCGUCGAAUACCACUGUUCAAUCACUUGUCAGCGAAUUGAUGGUUGAUCGAUGGGAAACUAGCAUGAAUUACACUGGAUACUAUGCGUCAUGUGCACCUGUCUUGUGCACGUAUUCUAUUAAUGAAAAAGGUGAUCUGAUAUAUAUUAUCACCACUAUCCUUAGUAUAUAUGGUGGAUUGAAUGUUGCACUAAAAUUAUUCACUCCUUUGAUCGUUAAAUUUGGUAGAUUUUUGUUAAUGCGUCAUCGACGACAAGUACAACCUAUAGUGGCUACGAUCGAAAUGCAUGAAUGA